GUGACGCAACAAGACGCGCGUGUCGCGGGCCGGCGUUUCCGCAAACAGUCGUGGCGGCCUCCUUGUGUUGGUUUAUGAAGUUUUAACCAUCAAUUAAAGUAAUCAGAAAUGGAAAAUUCUACAAAAGCAGAAGACUAUCAAAAGAUGUCUUUUAAAGAGGGAAAUUCAUCAGUAGAUUGUGAAACAAAGUCUUUACUCAGUAUUGAUGAAACCUCAACAGCUUCUGGGGCUGGACUUUCUGAAAAGACUCCUGUCUGUGAGCAAGUGGAUGUAUCAAGAAAGAGGAAAAAGUUUGAGGACGAUCUUGUAGAGGAAAGUUAUGGGGAAGAUACUCCAUCCAAGAAAAGAAAUCUUGGUGUUGAAAUUGUCCUAGAGGAAAAAGCUUCAGGUGAUGCUGACAGCUUUUCAAAGAAAAGAAAAAUGGAAGCUGAUAGUGUUCCUUCUACAGGAGAUAGCACUCAGAAAAAGAGAAAACUAGAACUCGACGAUGUUCCUGAAAAGCAGAAAAAGCUAGAAGGACACAGCUCUGCAGUUGCUGCCCACUACAAUGAGCUUCAGGAAGUUGGUUUAGAGAAGCGUAGUCAAAGUCGUAUUUUUUACCUAAGAAACUUCAAUAAUUGGAUUAAAAGUGUCCUUAUUGGGGAAUUUUUAGAAAAGGUACGACAGAAAAAAACCCGUGAUAUCACUGUUUUGGACCUGGGAUGUGGUAAAGGUGGAGAUUUGCUGAAGUGGAGAAAAGGAAGAAUUAGCAAGCUGGUUUGUACUGAUAUCGCUGACAUUUCUGUCCAGCAGUGCCAGCAGCGGUAUGAGGACAUGAAAAAUCGUCGUGAUAAUGAAUAUCUUUUUAAUGCCGAAUUUAUAACUGCUGACUCUUCAAAGGAACUUUUAGUUGAUAAAUUUCGUGACCCAGAAAUGUGCUUUGACAUCUGCAGUUGUCAGUUUGUCUGUCAUUACUCCUUUGAGUCCUAUGAGCAGGCUGACGUGAUGCUCAGAAAUGCUUGUGAGAAACUCAGCCCCGGAGGCUACUUUAUUGGAACCACUCCCAAUAGCUUUGAACUGAUAAGACGUCUUGAAGCUUCAGAAACAGAAUCAUUUGGAAAUGAAAUAUAUACUGUGAAAUUUCAGAAGAAAGGAGAUUAUCCUUUAUUUGGCUGCAAAUAUGACUUCAACUUGGAAGGUGUUGUGGAUGUCCCUGAAUUCUUGGUCUAUUUUCCAUUGCUAACUGAAAUGCUGAAGAAGUACAGUAUGAAACUAGUCUACAAAAAAACAUUUAUGGAAUUCUUUGAAGAAAAGAUUAAGAACAAUGAAAAUAAAAUGCUGUUAAAACGAAUGCAGGCCCUAGAGCCAUACCCUGCAAAUGAGAACUCUAAACUUAACUCUGAGAAGGCAGGUGAUUAUGAGCACGCAGCAGCAUUCAUGAAGAAUAGUCAAGUGAGGUUACCACUGGGAACCCUAAGUAAAUCAGAAUGGGAAGCUACAAGUAUUUACUUGGUCUUUGCCUUUGAGAAGCAGCAGUAAGUUCGCAGGCACUGGGGCAGCUCCAUCCCCUGCAGAUUUGAACGUCCGUCUCAGAUAGAGUUGACAGUUCUCUCUGUGUGCAUUUUAACCAUAAAUUCUAAAUGUGCAGGCUGCUGCUGGAAACUGUAGUGUAUCUAACAUUUGUUGUCUGUGAUACAUCAGCUUUGCGUGUAUAUAUAAAGAUGAGUUAGGACCUUCAUCUUUAAAAAUUUAUUUUUUAAGUAAUGUCCUAAGAAUUCAUUUGCCUGUACUGUGUUCGCUCAUGAAAGUUAUAUCAUAUGACAUGUUAAAGCGGCUGGACUUUCCACAGUGCUCCGGUUUGUCAAGUGUGUGUCUGCAGUGUGCACUUCCUGCAGCUGUGGACCUGGUGAUAGAGCACAUUAGCUUGCUUGUGUGGGGGCUCAUUCUACAGUUUUGUCACAUAGUAGUUUUAAGGCUAAAUGGAUUGUGUUAUGUACAUUUGAAUGUAAAUGUUCUGUAUAUAUUGCUGUAGUUUUAAGUUUAAAACUCGAUAUUAGAUUGUUGUAAAAGUUACUGAGCUAGAAUUUCUUGUUUGUUGUAUUUCUGUAUAACUAUUUGCUAAUGUACUGCAGUUCUGGAAUUGUUUAGAACAUUGAGAUGGCAGCAUAGAGUUAUUUUGGGAUUUUCUGGCGUUCUGUUAAGAAUUUUUGGCCAUAGUAAUCAUUGUACCCAGCCAUCAAGAUUGUUACUAGGUACCAUGCCUACCCUCUUCAUCAAAUAGGGAUGCUGUGGUGUAGCUUUUCUCCAGAUUUAAUGACACCCCCCCUCCCAUAUGCCUGCUGGAUUUUUUCAGAUUGAUACAUUUAGUUGCAAUAGGAAUAUGCACUUUGGAUUAGUCCUAACUGAUGUUAGGUCCAGGUUACUGAUGCUGAAUACCUACUUCAGCCCAGAAAUAAGUGCUUCAUAUUCCUCUGUUACAUCAGUGCUUUUUGCACAGUAGGAGCCAUUGUCUGAUCUGUUUUGGAUUUUCAUUUGUCAUUUCAGAAUCAUUGUUAUAAUUGUCAUUAAGAUUGGCAUUUAUGGCCAGCCUUGGUGAUAAGCCCGUUAUCAGAGCUACUUGGGAGGCUGAGACAGGAGGGUCACAAGUUUGAGAUCAGGUUGGGCAACUUAGUAUACCAAAAUAAAAAUAAAAAGGGCUGGGAAUAUAGCUCAGUGAUGGAACACUUGUCUAGUAUGAGGCCCUGGGUUCAGUCUCAACUACUUUUUAAAAAAAGUCAGUUGUGUAAUUGACAGCUUUUUCAAAACUGAUGAUUACAUAAACUGUUAUCCUUACAUUAAGUCAGCAUUUAGAAAACUUGCCAGUUUUUAGUACUGCGAAACUUUAAAAGCAAAGCAAUUGUGUAUUCUUUUUUACGUUACUUAUUUAAAGCAUGGAUUACAAAGACGGUUGCUUUCUAUAAUUAUCUAUAAUACUUGUUUUAAAAACAGUCUUAGUUUGUAUCUGUUGGUUGUUCAUGGUGUUAGAUUAGCAAAGCUGAGUAGCAAACUUGGGGGUAGCUGCCAGAGGCAGAGGUGGUAGUGCUGGAGGGAGCUCUUGCUGGCUGAAAAGUUUGGUGGGUGCAGAGAACAUUCUCAUCCCAUCCUAUGCUGCUGUGUCACAGCCUCAGUUAACAGGUAAUACAUGUACUUUUAGUCUUGUGUAGCCCUCUCCACUCCAUGGGCCAUUUCAGGGAGAGAAGAAUCCCCCAAGGGAUUGAGUAAUUGGUGGUAAACCAAAGUAGAGAGAAGAGAAAAACUGGAGCUACUUAGGCUGUUAGUGUAGAGAAGGGAGAAGCUAGCUAGUGGGAGAAGCGCUCUGGGCAUAGUGCAGCCGUUGUAGGUGCCGCUUGAGUCUGUGCAGUGACGGGUAAAGGUGAAAGGGGCAGGGCCGUCCUCUCCUGCACUCUGCAGGCCUUUCCCUGUUGGGGGCACAAUGGGAGACAGUUGUCAAGUGGUCCCAGACCUGCUGUGCAGCUUAUCCUCCAGGGCAGAGUUAGAGAUGAAGAUCUGGUCAGCCAUUUGUAGAAUGGGGCAGCCUGCUCUGGGAGUGGGGCUGCAAGCACUGACAUAGUGUUCUCUGGGCCUGGGAUCUGCCUCAGGGACAGGUACAGUGGCCAGUGUUCAGGAGGAGUCGCUGCCAGCAGUGGUGGCCAGCACUGGUGGCACCCUCUGCUAGGGAGAGCGGGCAAGCCUGCAGAUUGCCACCCAAGCCCAUGUUUGCAGGGCCCACAAGCAAGGGGUCUAGUGUCACUCCCGGGGACGCUUGGCCUCGGACAGGAAAGAUGUUGAGGGAAACUCCCUUAAGGAGUGUGAGCCUGUGUAGACUGGAUGGUUGAUUGUGAGUACAGAGAUUCUGGGCCCACUCCCCUGUCCCACACUUGGAAGUUGAAGAAACAGGAUUACUGUCUGAUUUCGUUUGUCCAUUGGGAAUCAGAGCAGAGGGGUACAGACUUUGAUGAGGUUGAGGGAGGGUGCAGGGAAAAGCAGAAAAGCCUAUUGGCCAUGACAGGUCCCAGCCAUACUACCUCUCUUGGGAAGAUUCCCUGGCACACCUGCCUUGAUUCGUUGCAUAAGUUGUUUUAUCUGUACCCAGCAUGUCUCUGAUGAAGAUUGAGCCUUUUGUUAGGCCUGUGUGUGGGGUGAAAGUGCCAGUGCGUACAUUCUAGCUGCUAAGGGUUAUUUUCACUGUGUAAACUGGCUCUCUGUUGUCUACCUCAGGCUCUGUAUAUUUGGCUUAUCUGGAGCCAGUCACUGCAAAGGUCCUUAAGUCUGCAAAGGCCAAACCCAGGCAGCUGAUCCCUGAUAGGAGUUGUACCUAAAUGCCUGUUCGUGGCUUGGCUGUGGGGACUUUGGGUGAACCCCAGCCUCUCUCCCUAGAAAUGCUUGGCUGUCUUCCUCAGGGGCAGUAUUCCAGGGAUGAAGCCGAGUUGACAGCUCAUGUUUGUGAAGCUCCUAACUUGUGUUAUUCUCUAAGUGUUUCACCUCUGGUAACUCAUCUCAAUCUCUAACAACUCUGAGGUAAGCACCAUCAUUCCCAUUGCAAUGACAAGAAAGUGAGAGAGGGAGAAUGCUGACCCGGGCAGCCUGCACCCUUGCUGCAUGUGAGACCCCACCUGGCCACCACCAGCAGCCUGAGUGUUCACUGUUGGGGCCCUGGCCUCUUGAUGCAAAAUAGUGCUUUUCCCAUGCUCCCUGAGAGAAGUGUUGAUUCCUGGAUGAGAGGCUUUGAGGGAGAGUAGAGAGGUCUCCAGCCCUUAAUGCACUGGUGGGGGUCAGAGAACCUUGAACUCUGCAGUGGGAGGAGACCUGCUUCUCAGAGCCAGGCUUUUGAGGGCUGUGUCAGGGGUGGUGCUCUUCUGCUUUGGCUGUGGAGCUGCACCAGGAGACUUCUCAGUCUCAGCUGAGGACCAACCAGAGGCAAGUGUCACAUCUAUGCAGUCAUGUCAGUGAUUUUCACAAGCUGAUCACCUGCAUGCAGUCCUGUCUCCAACCCUGUAAGUCUCCCUCCUGGUGACACCUUCCCUUGCUGUAACUAACCACUUUCUGGUUCUAGGAGCAUUAUGUGAAUGGAAUUAAACAUUAUGCAUUUGUUGUAUCUGACUUCUGUGGCUCAGCAAUGUGUUCGUGAGAUUUUUAUUACAUGCAUUUGCACAUGGUUCAUUCUCAUGAUUGUGUGGUAUUCCAGUGUGCAAAUAAAAUAUAUAUUAUCUGA